CUGAUGAAACAAAUAGAAUUUCCCCAGGCAUGGAUAAUACCAGAACAGCAGACACUUUUUCACAGUUAAGCCAGGAAAAAAUCCUCAAAAUCAUGAACAUGGUGAAAAACAAAGAAGUGAGCAUUGAGGGAGCUCUGCAUUUGGCACAGAAGGAGGGGUGUGCUGAAAAGGAUCCCCAGGAUUUGUUAACUGGGUCCCAAUUUAACUUCAUUAUCUACAAAUACAAACACUACCGCUGGCAGAAACGGAUUCUGCAGCUGGAUUUCAGCAGCAGGACCAUUUUCAACAUCGAGAAGGGCACUAUCAGGAAGCAGUUCCCUUUCUCCCAAGUGAGGGGCUGCGAGGACUCGGAGAGGAGGCGUUUCAGCAUCCUGUUCCACGGCAGGCAGCACUACGAGCUGGAGGCUGUGUCCCUGGAGGACAAGAGGAAGAUAAUCUACCUGCUGAGCAGAGUUAUUCAGAGCAAUUCUUACAAGAGACCUGUGGAGUCCUGGCCUGGGAGAGCUGCAGAAUGUGAUGUGAUCCAUGAAGGGCUGCUGGAUUUGCAGGAGAACACCUUAACCUCCACUGAAUGGGUGAAGUGCCUGGCAGAGCUGCGGGAGGGAGAGCUGACCCUGUACAGCCUGGGGCACAGGAGCCCUGCAGCCACCAUUGCCCUGGCAGCCGGGAGCCUGGCGCUCGGCCGGGACAGCGCCGGCAGCUCCUUCUCCCUGCAAACCGGGCACCGCCGCUACCUGCUGCGGGUCCCGCCGAGCGUGCAGAGCCGCAGCCCCGAUGUGGCCGGCCGGCUGCUCCGGGAGUGGCUGUCGCUGCUGGAGCGGCACUGCCAGCCCGGCGGCGCUGCCGCCCUGCCCCCGGAGGGCUCUGCGGGAUGCAGCAUCCCCGAGGCUGACUACGAGGAGUUCGCGGUGCCUCUGAGCGAGCAGAGAGAGGAGAGCGCCCGUUUUGGUGGGGAUUCUGCAAGGAGCAGCCCGAGCAAGCCUGCAGAGGGACAGGCAGCCCCUGCAGCAGCGCUGCCACCUGCCCUGGGCAGGGCUCAGGUGCCACCAGCCCCACCUGCCCUGCCACAGCCCUGCAGUGCCCCUCCAGCAGCCAAGAGAACCAAGGCCUUCCACUGGGACCUCGUUCCUGGGGACAAGAUCCAAAAAUCUGUCUGGGCAUCGUGUGACCCGUGCAAGAGGAAAAUCGACGUGUGCAGGCUGUGUGAGCAGUUCCAGAUCCAGGACACAGCGGUGCUUCUGGGCAGCGAGCCUCCGGUGAACCAGCACAUCCUGCUGGACAGAAAAGUUGCACACAACUUCAACAUUUUCCUUAAAAGUUUCCGUGUAAAACCAAGCGAGCUGAAGGACAAACUCUUCAUCAUCCACGAGGAGAGUGGGGGGCUCACAGAUGAGCAGAUUACAGCACUGAGAAGAUACUUGCCCACACCCAAAGAUGCAGAGAGGUACCUGUCCUUCAAGGGGACGUGCUCAGAGCUGCACGUGGUUGACCAGUUCAUGUUGGAGAUGUGUAAAAUCCCCCAGCUGGGCCAGAGGCUGGAUCUGCUGCUCAGCGUCCGUGAGCUGCCCGAGAGCAUCAGAGACCUGGAGCCUCUGAUCACCCAGAACAUCCAAGCCAGCAAGCAGCUGCAGUCCAGCCCCAAGUUUGUGGCUGUCCUGGAGUACAUUUUAGCCAUGGGGAACCACCUGAAUGAAAAAGCUGGGAAGGAGGUGGCCAGAGGGUUCCGACUGUCCUCUCUGGCCAAGCUCUCCCUGCUGAGGGGCAGGGACAGGACCUUCACCCUCCUGCACGCCCUGGCGGAGCAGAUCCUCUCGCAGCAGCCCGAGCUGGCCACCUUCCCCCAGGAGCUGACCCAGUUUGAGGCUGUUCCUGAUGCAUCCAUGAAGGGCCUCAGUGCUGAAGUUGAUGUUUUAAAAAAAGAGCUGGAGAAUCUUAUCCAGAGCAGGAGGCUCCUCAAACCCAGAGCAAGCAAGGCAACAGCCCAGGAGUCCCAGUUCUGCAAGGAGCUGAAGGAUUUAAUUCAGAAAUAUGAAGGGGAUCUCUCCCAGCUGUCAAAAAGAUGUGAGGAAAUGAAGAAGCUUUAUAGCAAUGUACUGGUGAGGUUUGGGGAGCCGGCAGAGCUGGACUCCCAGGAGCUCUUUGGGUGGAUCUCCUCCUUCAUCUGUGACUUCAGGAAGGCGUGUGCUGAGCUCACACCCUGAGGACACACAUUUCAUGGGGAAGGAGGAGCCCAGGAAUCAAUUUUUAAUUGUUUUAUUCUUUUUUUAUCAUUUUCUGAUAAGCAGCACCUUGCCAAUCCCACCUGUGCAGCACAACACCUUGAUUUUGAGAGACAUUCAAUUCCAAAUAUGCAAUUUUUAUGUGGUAUUUGACCUGUAAUAUCCCAGAUCACUGAUGAGCCUCUCAGUUUUGUGCUUUUGUACCUUGAGAUUCCCAUGUAUUGAAAAAACCCCACUUCUGACCUUUUAUAAUUUCUCUUUUCAGUCUUUUCCUUUGAAUACCCCCAUUUUCUGACCCAGUUUUAAUUGUUAUCUUCAUUAUUCUGUAUGGUGAUCUAAUUUCUAAAUUUCUAAUUUCUAAAUUUCUAAAGAAUACUUCACACAUUUUUAUAACGAAACGGGGAGCUGUUACCCACAGAGGAGAAUAUUUAAACAAAGUCUUGUUUAUUUUGCUAUUAAAACAUUGCAAAUUUACUAUGUAA